CCCAGAACGCCGCCAAAGUCCGAAUCUUUCCCACCUGCCACUCCCCAGCUCUCAUUUUAACUCCAACCUAUUCAUCGCCACAACGCUUCCCUCACGACCAGCGAAGCGACCGAACAAAUCCAAUAUGCGAGCCUUUUCGCUUUGACGAAAUUUCCACGAAAAUUGCAGCUGCUCCACGUUCGUUUUGUCACGAUUAAUUCUCGUCCUUGUCAACGAGGUCGAAAAGGCGACCGCGUUAGGCUAGACCUGACACACGAGCGCAUUCGGAACACUGCGUCUUUCCGGUCGCGUCCAUCUCGCACCUUCGAGGCUUCAUCAUCCGCGCAAAAACCCCCUUCACCGGCAGGCUAACAUCUCAGAGGCUGACCAUCCGUCAAGUUUUUAAUUGAUAAUAAGGGUCACGGGGUGUGUUCGAGGAGGAGUUGAUUCAUUCCAGUCAUAACUGGGUUGGAUGACGCCGCUCACUGUGGCUUUGUAUUGACAAUUUCAUUUUGUUCUUUUUUUUCAUCUUCUCGUCACGGGGACUUGGUUUUGUCUGUCUCACGAGUACAAUCAGAAUUGAUUUCCCACGUAUUCACUGCCUGCAAGUUGAGAAUCAAAAGAGAGAAGAGAAAAAAAAAAGAAAACAGAAUAAGGGACAAAGAGACACAAAGACCUGCCUACUACUACAUUGUCCAGAUCACGAACGAAACCGACUGAACAAACUGCGCAUCGACCUUUGCGCUCCCGAUACUCCCCAAUAUUUCCCACUUUACCAUCUGUUAAAAUUUGCGCGCUCCCUUUUUUAUAUCGGUGUCUUGCAACGAACGAUCCCCUUAUAUUUUUACCAUUCCGACGAUUCAGGAGGACGGAGCAGAGGACUGGACGAACAUACCUGGGAUUUUUCCUCGUAAGACGGCUUAGGCAGUCUAUCAUUCACCAUGUCUUCUUCCGUAUUUUUCAAGUUCAAAUCCCAGAAAGAGCCGACUCGUGUGGAGUUUGAUGGCACUGGCAUUUCUGUAUUUGAGCUGAAGCGUGACAUAAUACUCAAAAGCGGCCUCGGUGACGGCACAGAUUUCGACUUGGCUAUCUACACUGAAGAUGGUGCAGAAGAGUACGAUGACGAUACGACAAUCAUCCCGCGUUCUACGAUUGUGGUUGCCAGAAGGUUGCCUUCUAUGAAGCCCGGCGCUGGACGUGCGGCCAGAUAUGUCUCGGGCAAGGCACCAGUCAACGCCAAGAACAGCUCUCGCAAGGAGCAGGUGGCCAAGGCUUCUACAACAAAGGCGCCGUCCGCAGCCCUAGCUCAGAUGAGCAAUGCGGUGACAGAAGAGGAGAGGUUAGCCGCCAUGUUCCAAGCGCAAUCAGAACAGUGGACUGCACAACAGGAAGAACUUUCUCACCAAACGCCCAUUUACAACGGCAAGCCCGGCGUCGGCAAGCGGCCAGCCAACGUUCCCGAUCAUGAGCCUCCAAAUGGGUACAUCUGCUACAGGUGUGGAGAGAAAGGCCACUGGAUCCAACUUUGUCCUACCAACGACAACCCCGAGUUUGACAACAGGCCGCGUGUCAAGAGGACGACUGGAAUUCCCAAGUCCUUCCUCAAAACUGUGGACAAGGCCACUGUGCUGGGUCAGGCUGGUGUUGACGGUGAAGAAGGAAAGGUGCCCUCUGGAGUAAUGGUCAACGCAGAUGGAGACUUUGUCAUUGCUCAGCCGGACAAGGCAGCGUGGGAGAAGUUCCAGGCCAGGACCAAGGUGUCUGCAGCCGCACAAAAGGUUGCUGUGCAGGAUGAGAAGGAGCUCCAGGAUAGGGGCCUUGAAUGUCCAAUGGACAAGAGACUUUUUAAUGAGCCAAUGAAAACUCCUUGCUGUGAGAAGACGUAUUGCAACGAUUGCAUAACCAACGCUCUCAUAGAAAGCGAUUUCGUCUGCCCCGGUUGUCAGGCUGAAGGCGUCCUCAUCGACAAUCUGAAACCAGACGACGAAACCACCGCCAAGAUCAAGCAGUACCAUGAGGAGAAGGAGAAGGAGCAACAAAAGGAAAAGGAAAAGGAAGCCGAUGCACCCAAGAGCCCAGCGGCAGCCAAAUCCCCAUCGGCAAAUAAUCAAUCAGCCAAGACAACCGAAAAUAAUGGUGCAGAUUCAAAGGAGGUUGGAAAGGCUUCCUCCAAAUCGCCCACCACAUCGGUCAAGUCACUAGCAAAAGAUCCGACAUCCCCUACUGAGAUUUCGACACCAAAUGGCACAGUUAGCAAUCCCAAAAAGCGACCUGCCGACCAACCUGCUGAGAACCCAAGAGUUCCCCGGGCUCCCAAGGCUAUGCAACAACAGCAACAGCAAGCGUCCCACCAGCAGCAACAACAGCAGAUGAUGCAGCAGAUGAUGAACGGCAUGAAUGGCGGCAUGAACCCCAUGGGAAUGCCAAUGAUGCCUUUUGCUCCCAUGCCGAUGAACGGCAUGAAUGCGGGUUUCAUGGGAAUGCCCAACAUGGGUAACAUGAACAUGGGCAAUAUGAUGAACCCCAUGAUGGGCGGAGGAAUGGGUGGAUUCAACGGCAACGGCAACAUGGACUACCCGAUGGGUGGGAUGAGUGGCAAUAUGAACGGCAACAUGAACGGGAAUAUGAGCGGCAACAUGCAAGGCAAUAUGCAAGGCGGCGGUUGGGGUAUGAAUGGAAACGGCAUGCAUGGCGGCAUGGGCAUGAACGGCGGCUACAACAAUAUGAACGGACACAUGAACGGAGGCGGCUUUAAUGGUGGCUACAACAUGAACGGCGGUGGCAGCAACAUGGGUGACUUUAAGCAGUUUUCCAACCAGGCGGCCACCGAGGACGACGCCUACUUCCGCAAGCCGGUCAACCCUCAUCGCCAUCAAAACCGACAGAAACGAGUGCGACCCAGUGAUUAUCGCGAGCUCUAGAGCGACUAGUGACGACUGACGCCGAUCUUUCAAGCGGCCUGUCAUAACUACAGAAAACCCAGGACCUGCUCUAAUUAUUCAUCAUCAACCAGCUCUGACGAGUUCCUUCGGAGCGUUUGGUUCUCUCAUUCUACGGCAUACGAUUCGACGAAGGUUUUUUUUAUUUUUUUAUUCGUUAUCUUUUUUUGGAUUCACCGGCGCUCACGCGGCUUCCAUACUAAAUCAUCUCGAACUGGUAUUGUUUGUUUUCCUGGUAUUUUUUGUUUUCAACUCCCCUCAAAAGUCUCCGGGAAGGGGGCUCCCGGAGGUGCAUGACAGGCGUUUCUUUUCAGUCGGGAAGGGGCCUUUUUUUUGUCUCUUUUUUUUCUUUGCCGGGAGGUUUAAUAGCAAAGCGAGAAGGGCUUAGAUAUUGCUGGGAGGCGGACCUGGCGACUUUUUCUGUCAUUACGGUGACAGCGGCACGAAAUGGGGUUUUAUCUGGGUUCUUCUCUUCAAUGUAUAAAUAACGACGCGAGAGUCUUGUUUCUGCGCAAAGUCUCCAAUACAGGAGCCAGAACAGACCUUUGCACAUAGGAGAACGGAAGAAUACAUAUGGCA